UUGUGAGCCACUGAUCCGCCUCAUCGCUUCACAGAUACCCAUCAGGAGGCAGUGUAUCUCCGGCGCAGUGUGUGUGGCGAGCUGGAGCUGCGCGGAGCACCUUUGUCUUUCUCUCAGAGCUUCUCUUUAACAGGGCGAAGGGUUCAAGUUGCUGUCACGGAGGGGAACCGCUUUGAAGAAGUGGAUGUGGACCGGUUUAAUGCACACUCUCUCUUAGCACUACUACAAAGGGAGUGAACGGAGAGAGCUCCGCUGCGUAAACCUACACCGACCAUCGCGCCGCUCGCUCGCUCGCUCUCCUAGGCGUCAAGAAAGAAAAGCAUGCGGGAAACACAAGGAGCUUAGUCUUUCUUUGGAAAAUGUGGGAUUUGUUGGACUCGUUUUGAAACGGUGCUCUUGUAAGACCAAUAGCUGUGUGCGUUUUCAUGCGUUUUUGGACGCGCUGACGCCGAGAGUCGCCAGAGGAGCCUCGUUGUCCAAUCAGAACCCUUGCUUCUCGUCCAAUCAGAAUCUGCAUUCCGUGGAGCGGAGAAAUGCAGUGUGCGAAGGUUUUUCUCGUGAUGUUUGUGAUCGGCUUUGAAAAGGGGAUUUGUGUCAACUGGAACCCCGUCCCACGCAAAACUGUUAAAUAUAAUGACGUGCAUGACAGUAUGGCGAGGUUCCGCGCCGUCGGGGUGUGGAACUACACUAUGUUGACCCUAGCAGAGCAUGAGAGGGUUUUGUACGUUGGAGCCAGAGAGCACAUCUUUGCCCUGGAUCCCAACGACAUCAGCAGACAGCUCCGACCACAGAUUGAGUGGUCUGCUCCGGUGGAAAAGAAAAGAGAGUGUGCAGCGAAGGGGAAGAAUAACCAGACUGAGUGCUUCAACUACAUUCGCUUCCUGCAGAGCUACAACCACACACACCUGUACACAUGUGGCACGUACGCCUUCCAGCCCAAAUGCACCUAUAUUAAUGCCGAUCAUUUCACUCUGGAUAGCGCCGCCCUGGAGGACGGCAAGGGAAAGUGCCCCUAUGACCCGGCUAAGGGUCACACCGGCCUCAUAGUGGAUAAAGAGUUGUACUCCGCCACCCUCAAUAACUUUCUGGGAACAGAGCCUGUGAUCCUGAGGAACCUGGGACAGCAGCAUUACAGCAUGAAGAGUGAAUACCUGCCGGCGUGGCUCAACGAGCCAAACUUUGUGGGUUCGGUUCUGGUCCGAGAGAGCCGCAGCAGUAAAGAUGGAGACGACGAUAAGAUCUACUUCUUCUUCAGCGAGAGAGCAGUGGAGCUGGACUGUGACAGUGAUCUGACUGUGGCACGAGUGGCUCGUGUUUGUAAGGGAGACCUGGGUGGCACUCGGACCCUGCAGAAGAAGUGGACCACCUUCCAGAAAGCUCGGCUGAUGUGUUCUCUCCCCGAGCGCCACAUCACCUUCAAUAACCUGCGUGCCGUCUUCACCUUGCCCGGGGCGGACUGGAGGAGCACCAGCUUCUACAGCAUCUUCCACGCGCAGUGGGGGGACGUGGACGUGUCUGCUGUGUGUCAGUACCAGAUCGGAGAGGUGAAGAACGUGUUCGACGGGCCGUUUAAGGAAUACAGGGAGUCCUCUCAGCGAUGGGGGCGAUACACUGGCACUGUCCCCAGCCCUCGACCCGGAGCGUGCAUCACUAACUUUGACAGAGAAAACGGCUACAACAGUUCUCUGCAGCUGCCUGACGCCACGCUAAACUUUGCCAAGAAGCACCCGCUGAUGGAGGACCGCGCAGAAGCUCGCCCCCUGCUGCUCACUAAAGGGGUCAACUUCACCCGACUAGCAGUGGACAGAGUGAGCUCGCUGGACCAGAGGUCCUACAACAUGCUCUUCAUUGGCACAGCGGACGGAUGGCUCCAGCGUGUGCUGAUUCUGGGAUCAGAGGCUCAUGUGAUAGAAGAGAUCCAGCUGUUUGAUCGACAGCAGCCCGUGGACAGCCUCACCAUCUCACACAGCAAAAAGUAUUUGUACAUUGGCUCCCGCUCGGAGGUUCUUCAGCUGCCCUUGGCAAACUGCAGCCGGUACCAUUCACAGCCAGACUGCCUUCUGUCCCGAGAUCCAUACUGCGCCUGGGACACCGAGGGACGCGCCUGUGUCCGCAUCGACCUCCACCGGGGCUCCACAUCCACACUCUCGCAGGACCUCAUGCUGGAGAGAUUCAGCCGAGGAAAAGCCAAGUUUGAGAAGCCUUUCUCCAUCCCCAGUCCUGAUCAUUCUAGGUUGCGGAAUGUGACUGUGGUUGUUGGGUCGGAUCUGGUUUUGCCCUGCCAUCUGGUUUCCAACUUAGCCCAGCCUUUCUGGGAGCUCAACGAACGUGAGCUUGCCUUGGUGGAAGGUGAGGCCCCGGGGCCUCGAUUCGACCGGGCCCUCCGCGCUCUCGUCAUUCCCCAAGCCGGGUCCCUUCAAGCGGGCCGCUACAUCUGCUACUCCGAGGAGCAAGGCGUGAAGUUCCAGACAGAAAGGUACCAGGUUGCGGUGGUAGCCAGCGCACCGGUCUUCAUGGAGGCCCGUGCUCCGGAUGGCAGCAUGAGUUUGUUCUGGGUCCUGGUGAUCACUUUGGGUGCUGCUUGUCUGUUGCUGCUCAUUGCAUCUUUGUAUCUUCGUAGAAGAUUGAAGUUGGCACUGGGAAAAGGUGCAGAAAUGAAGCCACUGGAGAGCACUUUGGUGUACCCCAUUACGAUGCCCAAAGAGCCUCCAAGUCGGCCAUCAUUUGUGCCGAGCAAGAUGGCAAACGAUGAAGAUCGCUUUUGGGAAACGGGGGCGAAUUAUUACUACUCGGACGGCUCCCUAAAAAUCGUGCCUGGGCAUGCAUUGUGCUCCACUGGAAACUCGGCAUCGCCGAGUGCAAUUCCCGGUCAGCCUAUUCACUCUCCAAGCAGAUUGAGCCUCACCAACAUCCGGAGCUCAAGCGCCAACGGAUACAUCCGGCUCAAUCUGAGCACGGCCGGAGAGGAGAGAUCCGGCAUGGGAGUGGGAAUGGGAAUCGGAAUGGGCGGCCGAGAUAGCGACUACUCCAGUCCAUUCAAAGAAGAGCUCCGGAAAACUCUGCAGCAGAGGAGCGUGCUUCCCGACGCCAAUCCCGAGGAGUCUUCUGUGUAAAUCCCGCAGGAAAACGACAGAAAAUCUCACCUACCUCCCUCCCGCUUUGGGAACUCUCUUCAUCCGCAAACUCUUUCUUCUCUGUCAGCACUUCCAUCUCACGUGCCGCGAGGCCAUCGUGCUUCACGACAUUCCCUUGGAUUAUUAACACGCAACCAAGCUUUUGUAAAUGUCUGUAUUUAAAGGACCAGACGACAUGGCCUCGUGUUGAUCUUGGCUAAACGCAGGUACCAAAUGUAGCUGUCAGUCUGAUCUGACAACAGAUCCCAAUCAUUUGGCAAGCUGCAAGAGGAUGGAGAGUUUAUUUUUGAGGUCUUGAGGUUGCUUGCCUCAGACACAUUUUUUGCACCCUUUGAGAGAGGAGACGAGGACAUGCAUAAACUUAAAUCAAAGCUUGAUGACAAUCACGCUCGAGGAGAGUAGAAAUUAUUAAAGACGCGAGUGAGCUGUAAAACCGAAACAAGACUUGAAUAAUGAACAAAUGCUUUGCCUUUAUUUCUUCACAGCUCAGUGACUUUUUUAAACAUUGUCUUUUUUCUGAGAAUGUGUACUGAGACUUGCAGCACUAAUGUAUAGUGAGGUUUUUCCAUGUCUGUUUAUUGCAAGGAUUUCUUCUUCUUCUUUUACGAUUGAUAGUCUCAUCUGAAAUGUGAAAGGAUUACGAGUGCUAGUAGCAUGCAAAAGAAUGUUGUACUAAGACAGCAAGUGCAUUAUUGUAUAUAUUUGGCUUGAACUGCCAAAUGAAGUACAACCCCGGGUUUGCCUACAUGAUAAAGCAGGUCAAUGGAGCCACAUGAUGGAAUAUAGAUGGUUUAGUAGACUCCGCUCAUGUUAUGAAGCCGAACUGUUCUGCAUGAAAGGGAUUCUUUACUGACUACAAGGAGCUGGACUUUUUGAAGAAGUCCAGAAUAAAUGGCAGAGGCUACAGCUGAUCAGACAAAGGUGAGACUAGACUACACCAAAUCCUAUAUUUGGGAUGUUCACUUGAAUUGAAAUUAUAUGAAGGCGUGAGACCUAGUUUGUUCAAAACUAUACAU